AUGGGGGAGACACUCACGAGCUCGGAGCAGGCACCGCAGCAGCUGGUUGAGAAUGCCCUGCAAAAUAGCGUUGUUCCCCCGGAGCGGCUGCUUUCCCUCUUCGAACGGGUGAUCACCACCAAUGCACCCAUCCUCGAGUCGCUUCUACUCCAGAUCCCGACCGAUACGAUCCUCGCGCUCUACCACUCCUCCCACUACCUUCGCACGUUCCUCCGAUCAUAUCCGACCGCAUGGAAAUCGCUCUCGUUUCGACUUCUCUUCCCGUCGGGCACCCUCCCGUCAACCCGGAUUAUCAUCCCGGGCAUGUCGGACCCAGAAACCCAACGCCAGUCGCGACCAUAUGCCUUGGAUCAGCUCCUGAUGACCGUGGUGAUUCCUUUCAGUGGGUGCCUCAAGAGCCUGGAACUGGAUAACACGGCCGUCUCCGGGCAGAUUCUGAUCUCAACUGUGUUGCAUGCGCGCCGGGAGACAUUGGAGCACCUGUCGGUUCGGGGUUGCAAGAAUGUAUCUCUCAAGUACCACAUUAUCCCGUACCUGACCAUGUUUGGGCUGCAGUACGAUGUGGAUAUGGAGAAGAAUAUUGGUAGUUCUCCAGCAACACAGCGGCUUGCUCUCAAGAGUCUCUACGCGUACCGGUGCCGUCACCACCGUCGUCGGCCAUACCUCUCGGCUUCACUACUGCGCAAGGACUCCGAUUCAGAACCGACUCACGAACUAGUUAAUCUCUGCCACAAACUGGGGAUCUGGACGGACACUGCCUGGUGCACGACUCCUGCUGGGAGAUGUUUCCGCAGGCGCGGGUAUGUCUCGAUGCGGGUUCCACAAGGCUCCCCAGAGGUCUGGGUGGUAUUCGAUCGACUCUGGCGAUGCAAGAACUGGAUUGGCCCUGUUGGCUACAAAACAGAGCGGCCGCGUGUGCGUGAUGGGAAGCUGUGGGAGAAUUGCGAGACGGGAUGCUUUGGUGAAGCUCUAGGUACUGGGGAGGGCCCAGAUGUUGGCGAAGGCAAGAUGAAGCCGGCGCAUUUACGGCAGAGCCACACCCGGUUCGUGGAGAACGUGAAAUGCGACAACUGUUUUGAGGAUAUCUCAGAACGGUGCGAGCAAUGCAGCAUACUGAUGCAUUGUGUGGGAUGUCGAAGAACCUUGUGUGCAAGCUGUGCUUAUGAGCGGCCAUACCUUCAUCGAGAAUCCUCAGCUACCAGCUCCGGAAACAACGCCAACAAUGGCUCAAACACUUCAGUUUCCCUGUGGUGGGCACCUGGGGCGACCCUCUCGCCGAGCUCAAUGCAAGACCCCGUCUCAAACCCCAUCGACAACACAGCAUUCCACGGGGGCGCGCCAACGUCCCACCCUGCUCUCAAGUUCCACUGGUGCUGCACAGAGCCCAUCUUCUCCGGAGGCGGGGGUAUCAGCAUCGGUACUCCUAGUCGAGAUGUCGACCAAGUGCGUGCUGUUCCUCUACCUCGAGGCCAUGGCUGGGAAGACCUCGAGUAUACCGUCAGCGAAUGGAGCAAGACAUUCCCCAAGUACGCUUAUGGCGAUCCCAGCAAACCCGACUACUCGUUGGAAACAGGGCACCUCGCCAUGAUGAAAUGGUUGCUUGGGCCGCCCAACCGGCAGGUAUCACCAUGUCCGCGCAAUCUAUGCCAGGAGUGCUACGACUCGCCCCAGUGGAAAGUCCACUGCAAAAGCUGCUCGAAGCCACUCUGCAUCGAACACGACCUCCGCGGGCUUCGCCUGCGCAUCUGUGGCUACAGAGACCUUGCAUUCGAGAAAAUGACUAUCCAAACCCGAUCUGCGAUCCAUACAUCGUCAUCGUCACCUGAUGCAACCUUCAGCCAACAACUCCACGGCUACGACCUCCCAUUCCGAACGCAUCGGAUCAUCGACUCCACCAACAGCAGCUUCAUUGACGACCCACAGGGCGACGGCGUUGCAGAUGACCAUGACCUCGACACACCAAACGGUGACCGAUUAACCCAUCCUCUUCUCUCUCGCAAUGCUACUCGCUCAUUCUCCGCCCCACCGUCUAACCACUCCGGAUCAUCUUCGCCAACGUCCGUAUCGUCCGAGUCCCCCUUUGAACCCCCACGUUGGCAAGGAUGCCAAUCCUUUUUUUGCCCCCAGUAUCGCGCCGUCGGAGACCAACGACAACGCUGCCCAAGCCACCUCCGAGAAUGCAAGGCCUGUGCCGUCUAUGUCUGUCAGGACUGUGUGCACGCUAAUCCACCUUGCAAGUGCUCCUACUGCGAGGAAAACUAUCUAUGCCCCAACUGCAUGAAAGUCCGUGCCCGUGAAGGGACAUGCCGCCGCCGCGAGGAGGAGAAGGCGCGGAGGGAGCGGAAGUGGAAAAAGGACAUGCAGGUGCUCGAGGGCAUCUUGGAGCUCAAAGUGGCUAAUGAAGUUGCUGAGUUCGCCGGUCAAUUCUUCGACCUGGUUGACCUCGACUCUGAAAACACAAUUUCUCCUAGCCGUCUUGUCGACGAGACCGAGUCUGGGUUACCCCUACCUGCGAACUCCCAUACCCUGCCCUCGGACUUGACCGUGAGUAUCGGGUCGAGUAUGUUCCUAGGGGCCACCCAUGCUGGCCUGCUUUACGAGUCGGAAUAA